CGCGGCUCCUGCCAAAGCCUCCCCACCCGCCUCCAACGUCUCUCCGCUCCCGGAAUCGCAGAGCCCCCCAAACCCUACGGCGGCGGCGAUCGCGCCGCGGGGCGUCCCUCGUCGCGGGGAGGGAGUGGGGGACCGUCCGUUUCCGGGGGGCUCGCGAAGGAGGCGCGCGGCGCCGGCGGCGUGAUCGGCGCCGCUGGACCGCGCGCGGGAGGAGCGCCGACCGUCACUGCCGCCUCGCCUUCGUCGCCUCCGGCGGCUCGCUUAGGAAGGAUGGCAGCUCCAAACGCUUUGGCGGAAAGAUUUAAUGAUGCAGUCAGAUCCAUGACCCGUAUUGGUUUCCAAAAGGAAACUGUUGUGCGAGUGCUGAAAAAGCUACUGAAAACGUAUGAUGGCAACUGGGAGCAUAUAGAAGCUGAUAACUACAAUGCUCUAGCUGAUGUUAUAGCUGAUGUUAUAAGUGGUGCUGAUGAUCCAGAUGCCAAAAAGGAAGGGCAGAAAAAGCGAUCUGAGAAGAAGAAUCUGGAUUUGGACCAUCGCAACAAGAAGCUUAAGAUUAAAGAGCACGGUCAGAAGCCUAAACCCAGUAUUGAUGGCAGUAGCAAGAGAGAGUCGGCUGAAAUUCCACGUCAGCUAAAAGCAGAAGCCAUCGAGGGGAAAAUCAUUGGAACCCAAUUACAGAAGCAGUCUUCACAAAUUGUUAUGAAGGAACCAAAAGUGGAAAUGAGUAUUGCAGAGACUACAACAAUUGGUGAAAGCAGCUCUGCUUUUGUACUUAAAAGUCAAGAAUAUCACACCUUUGAGACCCCACUCCCAGUUAUGUGUCCUAAAGUUUUAGAGCCUAGCCGUCAUAAUGGACAUGAAGAUGCUCACUUGAUUUCUGGUGUUGAGCGUGCUGCUGAUAAGAAGCUAAAAGGUGUUCUGGUUGCGCAUGAAGGGCAGAUGGCUAAUGCCAGUAGCAGCCAAGCAAUUGUAAGAAGCAGAGAUUUUCCCACCAACUUUGAGGUACCAUUGUCCAGUUCUGCACAAGGGCAACUAUUAUUCUCGUUCAACUCUUCCUUGGCAAAUGGUUCUGAUUUCCUUAUGCCUGACAUCGAGUCAGUAUGCAAGGCAAUGGAGGCUAGAUGCCUCACGACAUACAAGAUUCUAGAACCCAAUUUCUCUUUCAUGAAACUUUUGGAUGAUACUUGCCAGUGUAUUCUUGAUUUGGGUUCUGGAUCCAAUGAGGCUAGAGAGAGAAGCAUUGUUCAAAUAUUUCCUAAGCCUUCAUUGCAGUCAAAUCAAAAUAGUUCCUCUUGCAUGCCUCUUAGUAGACUCAUGAGGCUUGGUGGUAGUGCUGCUUUUUCUGGAGGUCGCCAGAAUAAUUCUAGUAAUAUGCAUGUUAUUUGGAAUCAGUUACCUACUAGUGUCAAGAGACAAUACCAUGAUGUCAAUGAUAUAACAAAAGGUGAAGAACGUGUGUGCAUUCCAAUAGUCAACGGAGUUGAAGAGGGGGUUCUUCCUCCUCCAUUUCACUAUAUACCACACAAUACCACCUUAGAGAAUGCCCAUAUCAACCUCUCACUUGCUAGAAUUGGAGAUGAAAACUGCUGUUCUGAUUGUUUUGGAGAUUGUUUAGCAGAGCCACUUCCUUGUGCGUGUGCAACAGAAACUGGAGGAGAGUUUGCUUAUACAAGAGAUGGCCUGCUUAAGGAAGAAUUUCUAGAUGCUUGUAUCUCAGCGCGCCGAGAACCACUUAAGCAUCCCCACUUCUACUGCACGAGUUGUCCUAUUGAAAGAAUGAAGAUGGAUAUAAACUCAGAGAAACCUGAUCCUUGUAAAGGGCACCCUAUUAAGAAAUUUAUCAAGGAGUGCUGGAGAAAAUGUGGCUGCACCAGAUACUGCGGAAACCGUGUUGUGCAGCGAGGCAUAAGUUGGAAUCUGCAGGUGUUCUUAACCCCUGGAAAAAAGGGGUGGGGGCUGCGCCCUGCUGAAAAACUUCCUCGAGGUGCUUUUGUUUGUGAGUAUGUUGGUGAAAUAUUGACAAACAUUGAGCUAUAUGAGCGAAAUAACCAACUGACUGGUAAAGCAAAACAUACAUAUCCUGUGCUACUGAAUGCUGACUGGGGCACUGAAGGUGUGUUGAAGGAUGAGGAAGCCCUCUGUCUAGAUGGUACCUUUUACGGGAACGUGGCGAGGUUUAUAAACCAUAGGUGCUUUGAUGGUAACAUCAUUGAUAUUCCUGUUGAGAUUGAGACGCCCGAUCACCACUACUACCAUGUGGCAUUCUUCACAACUAGGGAAGUAGAUGCUUUCGAAGAACUGACAUGGGACUAUGGAAUUGAUUUUGAUGAUGUCGACCAUCCUGUCAAGGCAUUCAAAUGCCACUGUGGAAGUGAGUUUUGUCGGGACAAAAGUCGCUCCUCAAGAUCUAAAGCUAGAGCCCUGGUUUUGCGGUGAGCAGAGUAUUCAAGAGACCGAAGGCAGUACAGUAUUAUGCCAGAUGACGUCGUUGCUCUCCGUACCAACAAAAAGAAUUAGGGUCUACUAGCUCUACUAGUCUAGGUUACUGAUCCAGCAAUCGUUCAGGAAAUGGCAUGCUGACCGACCAAGCUUACUCCAUAGAAGUGUUUCUUUGGUGGUUAGUUCUUUGAUUCUUUUUCUCGGCAAGGAGGUAGAUGUAAGCAAUUCUGGAAUGUGGAUUGUGUACUCUGACGGAUCUGAUUAGAUAGCGUUAUAUAUUCCUCUGAACUCUA